AUGGUGAAGCUGCUGGUGCUGAACGGCAAGGGCCUGGACACCCGUGGGGAGACCUCGGAGAGCCGGCAGUACUUCAGAUCCUCCGCGCGGCUGGCGGACUAUGAGGCCCACGUUAGGGAGGCGGCCAAAGAGAUGGGCGUGGAGGUGGAGCUUCUGCAGAGCAACGACUUGGAGCAGGUUCUGAGGCGCCUGCAAGAAUCUACAGAAGAUGCCAUUGUCAUCAAUCCGGCCGGCUUCUUGAAGGAGCAGGCGCUGGUCGACUGCAUCGCCGCACUGAAGAAGCCGGUCUUCGAGGUCCACUAUGGUAACUUCUUCACCAAAGGAGCCACAUCGUUGGUCACUCCGGCUUGCACCGGCCUGUUCUGCGGCGCCAAGCUGAGCUCCUACUCCAUGGGCAUGCGCGCCGCUGUGGAGGCACUUGCUCCCUCGCCCUUCGAUGUGGAGGCUUGA